AUGGGUUGCGGUGAAUUUUUAGUUAAAUAUAUCUUGUUCUUCGCGAACUUAUUCUUUGCGCUAGCGGGCCUGGCCCUUCUGGGUCUGGGUGUUGCGGUACAACUGCAGAUCGCUACGGUGGUGACCAUAGCGGAGACAAAUGUCCAGGUUGCUCCCAUAUCUGCUAUGGUAGUUGGUGGCAUCGUGUUCCUGAUCGCGUUCUUCGGCUGCUGUGGUGCCAUUAAGGAGAGCAACUGCAUGUUAGUCACGUACGCCGUCAUUAUGAUAGUUUUGAUGAUCCUGAAAGUGACACUCGCCAGUCUAAUCUUCGUAAACUUGGACGCUGUAGUGGCGGAAGUUCCUAAAAUCCUGAAUGAAGCAUUCAAUAGAGACCAGACUGCAUUCCACGAACUUGAAAAAUACUUCCAGUGCUGCGGUCCGACCGGCCCGCUUUCGUACAUGACCGUGACGUUACCGGAGACGUGCUGCGCAGGCACUCCUUGUACGGUCGUCAACGCGUACUCCGGCUGCGACAAGAAAGUGCAGAAUUUGUUCGAAACCUUCGGCCUUACCAUCGGCGUGCUAGCCAUUGUUGUCGUCGCUUUUGAGCUGGUGGCGGUGGUGUUCGCCCUGUGUCUGGCCAACCACGCUCGCAACAAGAGCAGAAGAUCGCACUAUUAA